CUGCAGUACACUUGUAUCAUCUCAAGAUCAUCGCAUCACGAACCUCAUUUGGAGAAAGAGAACAGGGAACAGCCAAAUGGGGUUAUACAGGAGGUUCUGAUCCUCUCGUUUCUAGUCCAGUGGGCUACGGUAAUGUCACAGGGUAUGAAGGAGAUGCCCUUCAACCAGUCAAUAAUAGGAUUUCCUAGACUGCCUGCAGACUUCAGGGAAAUGGCCAAGAAACUGAUGAGCGCAUGCUUCAAGAAAGGUCACCAGGUGCCUGUUAUGAACAAUUCAAAGAACAGCUCAUAUGGACAAAUGAUGGCGAGCCCCAUCUCUAUUUUUCCAGAGCUUCUCUCCUCGCUCACUCAGUCUGUCCUCUCUCAGCCUAAACCAAAGAUUAAUGAAACAGCAGGGGAACAGGACUCAGUCUGGAACAUUGCUGAGAAGAUGCAGAACUGCACCAACUUGGGCCAUAUGAUUGAUCUCAUGAGGAAUAGUUCGGAAGGUCCUCGAUGUUUUAUGCAGGCAUUCAUUGCUCCUCUUUCCUGGAUGGCGAUCGUGCAGAAUGGAACAGACCUCAGUAAAGAAGAUCUCACAAAGCUUUUAUGGACGUCUAAACCCUUCUUAGAAACAAUGCCUCAAUCUAGCUUUGUGUUGCCAGCGUUUUCACAAAGCUCUCACCUGGCUGAAACGAUGAAGGUGUUUGGUGAAGUGUUCAGCGUUCUGUCUGAGGAAAAGAGAAAUACGGUUAUAGGGUGGAUCAAAGAGAGAGUUACGUUAAAUGAAUUUAAAUGCCAUCUGAAAGCACCUGCCUUCAGCACCCAGCCUUCAGGAUCACUGGAAAAACCUAUCAUACAAAAUGGCCCAUCAGUCAGAGCAGAGAUGACUGGGAUGAAUGCAGGAGCUCAAGGGACUCAACAUGCAAUGAUGAAUGCUUCAACAGCUGUCCAUAUAUGCCCUUCCAAAAUGCAGUGGUUGAACUCUACGGUGUUGACAAUGAUGGGGCCUUUUCUAUCUCGACUGUCUUUAGAAGAAGCAAAGGCCAUCCCUAAGGAAGAGCUAUGCGGGUUUUUCAGGACUUCAGAUUUUCCUCCAUCAUUUCAAAAUGCUAACGGAAUACAGCCUGCUCUUGGUCGAACACUUUUUCAGCGUUUAAAACAAGAGUGUUCCAGCACUGACAAUUUCACUCAAAACCUGGACAGGCUGGGCUCUUUGGCUUGUUUCUUUGAUGGUGCACAGUCUCUGAAUCUGAAUUUUAGUAGAAAACUGCUGUCUCAGAUUGAAGCCUGUAACAACCCUGAAAUAGACAAGAUGAAAAGACAGCUAGUACAGAACAUUCUGAAUGAUGGCAGUUCUUCCUCUCCUGAGCUUCUGCUGUCUCUGGGCUCCGCCGUGUCUGCCCUUCCUCUUUCCCGUCUGUCCCGCUUCACCUCUGAGGACCUGAACAAUACCCUCACCAGCUUGAGUCAGGCCAGUUGGAGCCCAGCUCAAGCUAAGACUCUGGCUAAGAAACUGUUGGAAGCUGCUAAGAAUGUAAGUGGUGAGAAGUUGUUGUCUCUGGGUACGGUGGUGAGAGGGGUGGCCAGUUCCGUCCUCAAGAAUGUGAAGGCAGAAGGGCUGCUGGGAAAUCCAUCCCUGAACAAUAUGAGUGAUAAGAUGUCCUCCCUACAAAAAACAGCACUACUGGAAGCGUUCCGUCGUGAUGUGAAUGCAUCUGUGCUGGUGAAGGGGUUGCCAGAUUCUCUCCUCUCUUCUGUGCCUCUGUCCAUGCUGGAGAAGGCAGACCUCAGCUCCGUGGAUCAGCUGCAGGGACGCGGAUGGACUCGUGCUCAAUCAGCUUUCCUUCUGAAGAAGAUUUUGGGUAAUAAGAUCAGCCUUAGUGAAUUACGGAAGCUGGGUCAGGCUGUACAGGGUGUCACUUGUGAAAUGAUUGAAAAAAUCAAUCGAACUGAUGCUUUGGAAAUGGCACAGACACUUAACAAUUCCUGCGCAUGGCUCUCCAGGGUUCAGAUUCGCUGUACAGCUCAAAAGCUCUUUGCCAGCUUGGAGGAACAGAGACCAGGAUAUUUCAAUGACGUUAAAAACUCUGAGCUCCAGGCCAUCCCAGCUGUGCUGCUCAUCCAUCUACCAGUGGAGAAGAUUCAAAACCUGUCCGAUGCCGUGUGUCCUGCUUUCAUGGAGAAGAUGAAUCAGGUCAACCUGUCCUUUCUACCAAACAGCUCUCCAGCACGCAGCGCACUUACCAAAAGAGCCAUCGGCUGCCUGAAGAAGAAUGCGUCUGAUCUGUCUGCGGCGGAGGUUUUGACUCUAGGUCCUCUGCUGUGUGAGCUGGACCCUGUCUGGAUUUCCUCUCUGAAUCCCGCGGCUCUGAACUCCACUCUGCAGGCUCUCGCCUCCUGUCAGUGUAUCCAGCAACAGCACAGAGAGCAUCUGUUCAGGCUGCUCACGACCACCUUCGGGGACCCUACUUUAUGGUCAGAGGAAGAUAUGAGGGGGCUUGGGCCGCUUUUGCUACUUAAUGACACAGCCAUCGAAAAGCUGCCACCCAAAAGCUGGAUAAAGUCAUAUCUGUCAGACCUGAUGAAUAGUUUGCCGACUCAGCCUGCAGUUCCUCCUCCAAAGGAGUUCCGCUCUUGGUUCGAUCUCUCUGCAUUUCGUCGCAAACUUUUCGACCUCAAAACGAGUAGCACGCUACAAAACCGCAGGAGGCGUGAAGUGGUGCCCUCCCUAACAGAGCCCACACUCAUAUAUAUUGAAGAUCUCAAACAGGGGAACAUAUACUGGAGUCCAGCCCAGUUCAGUAAAAUGACUGUGCAGGCUUUCAAAGAUGGUGUGCCGACAUUAGGAGAGAUAACCAACUACAGCACAGAACAACUGGCUGCACUCAGACUCAAAACUGUGGAGGCUUGGGGGAGUGUGUCCAUGUGGAACGAGUCUCAGAUCGCGGAUCUGGGCUGCAUCUGCCAGGGCUUCAGUGCUGAAGAGCUGAGCAACCUCAGCAUUGCCUCACUGGACACUCUAGAGACUAUGACCACCUGCAACUUUACCCAGACGCAGAGGACAUCAGUCUGGCAGGUCUUUGAAAGGGUGGCUGCAAUCAAUGUAUCUAGACUGGGACAGCUGGAGAUGGUGGGUCUGGGGCAGUUUAUCUGUGGUCUGCAGCCUGGCCAGGUCGAUCAGCUCAAUUCCCUCAGCUUCAGGGAGUCAGUAGAGGCGGUGGGUCGUGCUCCUUGUCCUUUGAACAUUAGAGAGCGUCUGAAGGAAAAAGCUGUGGCUGUGUUUGGAAAGUCACAAACAUGGACUGAAGCUCAAGUCAGCGCUAUGGGCAACAUCAUCGCUGGUUUAAGUGGUGCCGAGCUGGGAAGUCUAAAUUCAUCUGUCCUGUCAUUCAUUCAGCCGUCCGCCAUCCCUCUCAUAUCCUCGGAUCGCUUAGCUGCACUGUCAGUCAGCCAAUUGAAGGCUUUGGGUCCUGACAAUGCUGCGGCAGUAACAGAGGCUCAGCGUUCAGGGCUGAAAGUCGAUCAAAAUGCUGCACUGGAUGAAGCUGUGGGGCUAAAAACUACACGUAGUGAGGUGUCCACUGGAAACGCCACCUCAAUCUCCAGUCCAGGCUCCGGCUCCGGCUCAGGCGGAUCAGCCACGCUACCACUAAAAGGAGGUGCAGCUGUAGAGAGCAUGGCGGGAUGUGUCCUCCUCAUGCAGGCCAUUGCACUGCUGUUGUUUGGAUACAUUCUCUAAGGCGCAGAAAGGUCAAAGGCCACCGCCUGCCAUGUGUCCAAUGACAGAGGCUGAUGUAUGAUCAACCAGCAAAGCAGUAGAUUUAAGAAAUGCUAUAAUCGCUUCGUUUCAAAACUUUAUUUAACACUAAGUCACUGAUUGCACAUUUAAACUCAGUGAUUAGACCCUAACCAAAGAUAGCACGAGAUGGUGAGAUGGGGGUUUGACAAAAUGCGGGUCUAGCCUAUCUUUAACUUUAACUAUAAAGAGAAAUUAUAUUUGAUAAUAUUGCUAUUUGGGUUUUUUUCAAAUGCACAUCUGUUAUUAUUCCAUGUUAUUAUUUAUGUGAGUAAACCCGGUGUGUACUUCAUUAAGGUGUAUCUGAGAUGAAGUUUUAUUUUCAGUUAUUUAAUUGCAGUUAAAUGUUUGUAUUAGAGGUCGUGUUCUAUUUAAAAUCAUUUAUACCUAAACAUAAAGGUUAAUAAA